AUGCAGGAAUCCAUCCGAAAAAUUCAAAAUUCGUUUACAGAUUACCAACGACAGGGAAGUAACUGGACAUUGGAUAAGGUGAUUCAAAUCCAGAUACACUUUGCAAAAUAUAAACCCCUGAAAGGAUCCAGCUAUAUUCCCCUGCCAAUCAAACUGAGGAAUAAGCAUGGGAUAGUCAAUGUUCAAAACAAGGACAAGAAAUGUUUCAUGUGGUCGGUGCUUGCUGCUCUCCAUCCUCAGAAGAAAAACCCACAGCGUAUCAGCAAAUACAUAGGUCACCAACACGAGCUGAACUUUGAUGGUAUAUCCCUCCCUGUGAAAGUAGCGGACAUCAAUAAAUUCGAGACACAGAACAAGAUCACGGUCAACGUCUUAGGAUACGAGAAAGGUUCGCUAUUUCCAAUCCACGUGACAAAGCAAAGAUUUGACAGACACGUAGAUUUACUGCUGAUAACGGAUGGACGCAAGUCCCACUACUGCCGGAUAAAGAAUGUAGAUCGUCUGUUGAGCGAUCAACACACAUGUAAAAACCAGUAUUUCCACUGCAUGUAUUGCCUACAGGGUUUUACCAAAGAGCGCAUUCUCAAUGACCAUAUAUCAUACUGUCGGGAACAUGGGACACAGAAAGUAAAACUACCUACAGAAGAGGACAAAUGGUUGUACUAUAAGGAUGUAAGAAAGCAAUUGAAUGUGCCUUACAUCAUAUAUGCCGACUUUGAAUCAUUCCAGUUGCCUAUACAUGGAUGUGAGGUCGACCCAAAUAAAUCACAUACAGAAAAGACCACACAACACGUACCAUCAAGUUUCGCCUACAAAGUCGUAGAGUCUUCCAAACAGCCCGUAGUGUACCGGGGACCGGAUGUUGCAGAAAACUUUGUAGAAUGUAUGCUGAGGGAACAGGAAGACAUAGAACAAAAAUUCAAACAUGUGGAGCCAAUGGUCAUGACUGGGAGAGAUUGGCAAGCCUUCAAGACGGCAGUAGACUGUCACAUUUGUGGAAAGGAGUUAGGAGAUGACAGAGUGAGGGACCACUGCCAUGUGACAGGAGCGUUUAGAGGAGCGGCGCACAAUGACUGUAAUAUAAAUUACAAGUACACGGGUCGCAUUCCUGUCGUCUUUCAUAAUCUGAGGGGCUACGAUUCUCAUCUAAUCAUGCAGGCAGUCGGAAAGGUGUCAGAUAAGGAAAUAAAGUGUAUACCUAACAAUAUGGAGAAGUACAUUUCUUUCUCCAGAGGAUGUAUGGACUUCAUCGACAGCUUUCAAUUUAUGGGAACAUCGCUUGAGAAAUUAAUCGGAAAUUUAUCCGAGGAAGGGAAGGACAAAUUUGAACACAUGACACAACAUUUCGGUGAGGAGAAAAUCGAGCUCAUUUUAAAAAAACAGGUGUAUCCCUACGACUACUUUGAUGGUCCCCACAGAUUUCAUGAAACCGGAUUACCACCACAGGAAGCGUUUCGUAGUAGUCUAACUGGAGAGGACGUAUCAGAUGAAAAAUACGAUCAUGUUCUCAAAGUCUGGAAACAAUUCGACAUAAAAAAUCUCGGUGAAUAUUCCGACCUGUAUGUCAUGACAGAUGUCCUGGGUCUUGCUGAUGUGUUCGAGAACUUCCGAAAUUUAUGUCUGGAAUCAUAUGGGCUCGAUGCAGCUCAUUUUUAUACCGCCCCUGGACUGGCAUGGCAAGCAGCGCUGAAGAUGACUGAUGUUAGACUCGAACUGCUUACCGACAUCGAUCAGCACUUAAUUAUCGAGAAAGGCUUGCGGGGAGGCAUAUCGAUGAUUAGUCAUCGGUUUGCUGAAGCUAACAAUCCAUAUGUCCCCGGACAUGACAAAACAAAACCAACAGAUUACAUCACAUACUUAGACGCCAAUAACUUAUAUGGCUGGGCCAUGUCGCAAUUCCUUCCGACUCAUGACUUCACCUGGCUUACCGAUGCUGAAAAGGACAUGCUUGAUAUCACGACAGUUCCCGAUCAUGCAACGGAUGGAUACAUAAUGGAAGUGGAUUUAGAGUAUCCUCCAGAACUCCACGACCUACACAACGAAUAUCCACUGGCCCCAGAACGAGUAGCCGUGGGGAAUGAGGAACUGUCUGACUACAGCCAGACCUUAUGGCGUAAGCUGGCAGACUGUGGAAAGCCACAUGAUGAUGAAAAACCACAUGACUGUUUGGAUCAUUACAAUUCCGCUCAAAAACUCGUUCCUAAUCUUAGAAACAGGGACAAAUAUGUCCUGCAUUAUAGGAACUUGAAACAAUAUCUUUCUUUUGGAAUGAAGCUCACAAAAGUCCACAGAGUAUUUACCUUCAAACAGUCUCCAUGGUUGAAAACGUAUAUUGAUUACAACACGGAGAAAAGGAAACAAUCUAGAAACAAUUUCGAGAAAGACUUCUACAAACUGAUGAACAACAGCGUUUUCGGGAAGACUAUGGAAAAUUUAAGGAAGAGGAUGGAUGUCAAACUUGUCAACAGUGAGAAGAAGGCCAUGAAAUUAACAUGUAAACCCACAUUCCACGAAUUCAGGAACUUCACGGAGGAUUUGGUCGGUGUCCACAUGCUUAAAUCUAAAUUAUAUCUGAACCGACCCAUUUACGUCGGAUUCUCCAUCCUGGAUAUCUCCAAAACAUUGAUGUAUGAUUUCCAUUACAACUACAUCAAAACAAAAUUUGGAGAGAGGGCAACCCUCCUUUUUACAGACACUGACUCUCUAGCCUACAUCAUCAGAACCGAGGACAUCUACAAAGACAUGCUAGAAGACCGACACUUAUUUGACACAUCGGAGUAUAAGAAAGAUCACCCCCUCUACAGUUUGACAAACAAAAAAGAAUUGGGGAAAAUGAAGGACGAGACCCACGGAUACGCUAUUCAUGCCUUAAGGCUAAAAUGUAUGCGUACACAUAUGACGUCAAGGAAGAGAAAGAUGGCAAAGAGGUGGAAACUUACGUAG